UGCAGGCAAGUUUGGACCGGUUGGUCCGAAGAUUGGUGGUUGCCUCCUCCUUCUUCCGUCCACACUCCACACUCUUAACACUCCACAGUCUACUCCCCACCACACCAUGAAGUUUCUCUACUGAUUUUCUCAACAAAACUCCAUUUUUUUCAGUAAUUUUUUCUAUCAAUUGACUGCAGAACUGUUGGGUUUUUCAAUUUCCAAUCUUUCCCGCGGCCGGACCAAAGGGUCGUACCCAAAAAUGCUUGAUAUCAUCCGCGAAGGAGGGAAUGGGUUUUUUAUCCUGUCCUUUGACGGACAGUUGUUGACGAACAGUUACUUAGGAGGAAGACGGUUUACAUCUUAAUCUGAUACCCUCCCCUGUUCUUGUUUUCUAGCGUAGAUUUAAGCAUCUAUUGUCUCUCGCCAGUACUUGAUCUCUUACUUUGAGAUAUUUUGUUCUCCCUUAAAUUUUCAGUUAACCCUUCCGAGAAAGGGUUUUAACUUGGUGAAGAGAGAUGAACCAGGCAGUAUUAGUAGCCAUUGCUGCUACAAUUGGUAACUUCUUGCAAGGAUGGGAUAAUGCCGCCAUUUCUGGGGCUAUAGUUUAUAUAAAGGCAGAAGCAGAUUUGGCUGCUACAUUAGAAGGUUUAGUUGUGGCUAUGUCUCUAAUUGGUGCCACUCUCAUUACUACUUGUUCUGGUUCUAUAUCGGAUUCGAUUGGGCGUCGUCCAAUGCUGAUCAUGUCAUCUGUCUUCUAUUUCAUUAGCGGUUUAGUAAUGUUGUGGUCUCCAAAUGUUUACGUUUUACUUGUGGCUAGAUUGUUAGACGGGUUUGGGAUUGGGUUGGCAGUUACUCUCGUCCCAAUUUAUAUAUCGGAGACUGCUCCUUCUGAUAUUCGGGGGACUUUAAACACGCUGCCUCAGUUUACUGGUUCUGGUGCGAUGUUUUUAUCGUAUUGUAUGAUUUUUGGGAUGUCUUUGAUGUCUUCGCCUAGUUGGAGGGUGAUGCUUGGUGUUCUUUCAAUUCCUUCUGUUUUGUAUCUUGUUUUAACUGUCUUCUAUUUGCCGGAAUCUCCACGGUGGCUUGUUAGUAAAGGCAAGAUGCUUGAAGCUAAACAAGUCUUGCAGAAAUUACGCGGAAGGGAAGAUGUUUCAGGAGAGAUGGCAUUACUGGUUGAAGGGCUGGCAGUUGGUGGCGAAACAUCUAUAGAAGAGUAUGUAAUAGGACCAGAAGGUGAAAUUAUCGAUGAUCAAGAUCCAACCGCGAAGGAUGGUAUUAAGCUAUACGGUCCUCAAGAGGGUCUUUCAUGGAUCGCAAAACCAGUUACAGCAGGACAGAGCAGUCUGGCACUCGUUUCCAGACAGGGUAGUAUGGUGAACCAAACGGUUCCACUUAUGGAUCCACUUGUAACACUUUUUGGAAGUGUCCAUGAAAAGCUCCCCGAAUCUGGUAGUAUGAUUGGUCAUUUGUUCCCUAGAUUCGGGAGCAUGUUCAGCACGGCCGAGGAUCCUCAUGUUAAGAAUCAGCAUUCUGAUGAAGAGAGCCUUCAUAUAGAAGGCGGUGAUUAUGGUUCACACGAUGAACAAGGAGCAGGGGAAGAAUUUGAUGAUGAUGGUGAUAAUUUACGCAGUCCAUUGAUAUCUCGUCAAACAACGAGUUUGGAGAAAGAUGGUAAUCCUAUCCCUACUUCACACGGGAGUAUUAUGAGUAUGAGAGGUAAUAGUAGCCUCGCUCAAGCGAGUGGUGUUGAAUCAGUUGGUAGCAACAUUGGUGGCGGUUGGCAGUUGGCAUGGAAAUGGUCGGAGAAGGAUGGUGAGUUGAAGAGAGUUUAUCUUCAUCAAGAAGGAGUUGCGGGUACGGGUGGUUCGAGACAGGGAUCUCUUAUUUCGCUUACGGGUGAUAGCGAAUUUGUUCAAGCUGCUGCUUUGGUAAGCCAGUCAGCACUUUGUUCGAAGGAGCUUUUGGAUAUUAACCAGGUUGGACCGGCUAUGGUUCAGCCGUCUGAAACCGUUUUGAAGAAAUCGUCGGUUUGGUCUGCGCUUCGUGACCCGGGUGUUAAACGGGCACUUAUGGUUGGAAUUGGAAUUCAAAUACUACAACAGUUUGCUGGCAUAAAUGGAGUUAUGUACUACACUCCCCAAAUUCUCGAGCAAGCCGGAGUUGAAGUCCUUCUUUCGGACCUCGGUAUCGGUUCGGACUCAUCCUCUUUUCUUAUUAGCGCCGUCACUAUGCUAUUGGAACUUCCGUGUAUAGCCGUCGCCAUGAAACUUAUGGAUACGUCUGGAAGAAGGACACUUUUGCUUACAACAAUUCCAGUUCUAACGCUUUCGCUCGUGGUCUUAGUCAUUGGGAAUAUCGUGAAUUUUGGAACCACGGUUCAUGCGAUUAUAUCAACUAUUUGUGUCAUACUCUACUUCUGCACGUUUGUUAUGGGCUACGGGCCAAUACCUAACAUCCUUUGCUCGGAGAUAUUCCCCACGAGAGUUCGUGGCGUUUGCAUCGCUAUUUGUUGUUUGGUUUAUUGGAUUUGCGAUAUUAUUGUCACUUACACCCUACCUAUUAUGCUGACUUCGAUCGGAUUGGCUGGUGUCUUUGGCAUAUAUUGUGUCGUUUGCAUUAUCUCGUGGAUUUUCAUUUUCUUGAAAGUUCCGGAAACUAAGGGCAUGCCACUUGAAGUCAUAACCGAGUUCUUUUCAGUUGGCGCGAGACAAACUGCCUCGAAGAAUGAAUAAUAUUUGUACCGAUUGAUCUAUUAUUCGUAAAACUGUCAAUUAAGUGUAACAUUAUGGUGAUUUAUAAACUGUUUAAAUUUUCAUU